GAAGGUAAUUUUGAGGUCUUUAACUCAAAAUUUAUGCAUACUAUCAUUCAUAAUAUGCCAAUUCCUAUACGUUUAUUUCCAUUGUUUGACGUUUAGGAAAGUAUUCAAUAUUUGACUCUUACUACUUUUUGAUACAAUGGCACAAACAGAAACAAAAGCGGCUGAGGAUUGCUGGACUAGAAUACAUAAACGCAAAUGGGAAAGUUGUUCCACCGAAACAACCCGGUCCCGAUUGCAACUGUCGCCGUCAAUGUUUUCAGAAAGUGCCCGACGAUGUGAGACUCAAAACAUUUCAAGGUUUCUAUUCCAUGAAGACACAUGAUGAGCAAAAUGCUUACCUUUUUGGUCUUAUGAGACAAGUAGACGUUAAACGAAAAAGGGUGAAAUCUAGUAGCAGGCGUACUUGUACAUUUGAAUACUUUGUAAGAGUUAAAGGAAGAGAAACUCAAGUUUGUCAGACUGCUUUUAAGAAUAUUCAUGCCAUAACAGAAAGAAAAGUCAGAGUACUCUGCAAGAAGAUGGAUGAUGGUGUAAUGUUUCCUAGUGACAAUCGAGGGAAAAAUAGUCACAGACGUUCUGGUGAGGUGCGUCUUCCAACAACCGUCAUAGAACAAAUUAAAAAUCAUAUCUAUUCUAUUGUUCACACACACAGACUAAAAGAUUUUAUAAGACUUGAUAAAAUUGCUGGAUUAGAAAUUAACAUAUCAAAGAUGUGGAAAGAUUACAUAAAAACCUAUGAUCCUGAUAACAUAUCUGCUACAAUGCCCAAAUCUAAGAGGCAUAUAGAUUUAGAAUUACAAAAUGAACAAAAUCAACAGACACAGCAUCCAGCUCCACAGGAUACUUUUACCCCCAUUGCAUAUCCAGGAAGUGGUCAUCUUGUUAAUAUCGCAGAGAACUACUUUGAAAAUCAGUACCAAACAGCUUUGGCCACAACAACAAAUUCAACAAACUUUUAUCCAACACAAAAUGGUCCUCAAGGUAUGGGAAUACUUUUACAAUCAACUGUAACGAGAGCAACCCAGCCCACAGCUUUCAUUUUACUACAGACAAAACCAGAACCUCAGCAAGAUAAUACAUUAGCUAUAGCAAAUGCUCCUUAUAAUCAAGAAUCUGAAAUUCAAGAUAGUGAUGAGAAAAGUGGAAAGAAAAUUAAAAAAGAAAGAAAAAAGGGGCCUAUCGUAAAACAAUGGAGGUACACAAAUAUCUUUCACGAUGAAAUUAAUGGUGCGGCUUUAGCAGCAAUAAAAACAAGACUUGGCAUGUAUUAUGCUGAGAGUGAUGCCGCAAGGAAAAAGGCCAAGCAGGCUCGGCCACAGGAGUCAGCACAGACACAAACAGCAAAUGAUCAGACACAAAUAAGAACAGAACUGGCUCCUAUUAGACCACAGCAUCAACCCAUUAGAUCACAUACUGUAACAAUUUAUACCUAAAUAUAAAUUAUUAUUUGACUGGUACAUUAACAGAAUAAGAAUUACUCUAAUCACAUAAUUUGCUAGCUUAGGUGAACAAACUAUUUAAUGAAUAAGUUUUAAAUAGCUAAGGCUAUAUUUCCAUUUCAAUCUAAAGUAUAUUGAUGUACUCAUUAUAUCCUGUAAAUUAUUUAAGACCUUAGUUUGCAUGAAAGUAUGUAUGUAGUAUCAAAGAAGUAUUAUGAAGAUACCAGUGUAUAGUUUUAAUAAGAAACUUAAUAAAAAUAGAUAUCAUUUAUUGUCUCUAUUGAAAUGUUAUUUGAAUUUUAGCUGGAAUAUUUUUUUUAACAUAAUUAAUUGCCUUAUUUAAGAUUGAUAUA